UUCCCCAUCCCAAAUCCCACAUCCCUCUGUGUUCCCUCCUCGUCCCGCCUCGACGCUCUCUCCACCGAGAAUGGACGGCGCCGAUAGCGCCCUCUCCGCCUACUACUCGCCUCACCACCACCGCGGAGGCGGCGGCGCCACCUCCUCUUCCGCCCGGAGCCCAAUGUUCUCCGCCGCCCCGCCUUCCUCCGCCUCCGGGGCGUCCGCCGCCUACGCGCCGCCCCCGGCCGAGCCCGUCCGUAGGAAGCGCGGCCGGCCGAGGAAGUACGGCCCCCCUUCCCCCUCCCCUUCCCGCUCCUCCUCCCAGAUGAUCAACUCGCCGACUCUGCCUGUGCCGUCUUCUUCCCCGACUUCUCCUUCCGCCUUUGCUCGCCUGAGGGACGGCUCUUCCGCGUCACCCUCCUCGUCCAAGAAAGCUAAGCUCGCAGCGCCGGGGAAUGCAGGGCAUGGGUUCAAGACACAUGUGAUUACAGUUGUAGCUGGAGAGGAUGUGGCCCAGAAAAUUAUGUCAUUUGUACAACAUCUCGAGCACACAUUUUGUAUUCUCGCAGCAUCUGGUUCAAUUUCUAGGGCAUCUCUUAGUCAUCCGGCUGUCUUUGGAGGAUGUGUAACCUAUGAGGGAAGGUUUGAGAUUCUAUCACUUUCUGGGUCUUUUGUGCACAAUAGAACUGAUGGGGCAUCAAUGAAGAUGGGUGGGCUUAGUAUAUGCCUCUCCGGUACCGAUGGCCGUGUAGUGGGUGGUGGAGUCAAAGGCCCUUUAUUGGCUGCAGAGCCUGUACAGGUAAUUGCUGGAUCUUUCAUGGCUGAUAGUGAUGGAGACUUCAGUGAUGCUAAACCAGCAGCUGCUUCUGCUGGAAAAUUAUCCACUUCAGUACAAUCUGGACUAGCAUUAAAUCCAGCCACACUUGGAUCCUCAACAGAAUGUACAGGAAGAUUUAUAAGAAGUAAAGAAAAUGACGUUCACCAAAAUUUUGCCGGAAGUGAAAUUAAUCAUGUGAUCCAGUCUCCAACAGAUUGGACAGGAAGGCGAGAUGGUGGAGCAUGUCAGUUCUUCGGUGACGAGGAGGAUGAGAACAUAUAGGUGACAGAAGAUUAAUGUCGAGCAUCCUGCUGACCAUAAUCCAAAGUUGACUUCCAAGGCCUUCACCGUUGUAUCCAUGUACAGUUUUGUUUUAAUAGUGUGGAAAUAGAUGUGCCCCAAUAUUGACUGAAUUCCACUACACUAUAAGGCAGAAAAGUCCUCCGUUAUUAAGACUUCAUCUUCUCCACAAUUGUAUUUUGGUCGAAAUGAUUCAGGUAAGAUUCUGUAACCAAUAAGACUUGUCAUGUACUUGGUAGAACUUGUUGUAAUGAUGAUCAUAUGAUCUGAUCAUAUCAUACAUGCAAAAAUACCCCUCUACUGCA